AUGAUUGAAGAUGUUGGGUUUAAUGUUGAGCUCCUCCGUUGCUCUAAUCCAGCAACAGGCAAUACAUGGAAGCCCCUGCUGAACCCUCACGUGUUUCUGAAUGAGCAGGUGGUGGUGGGCACAGAGGAUGGGGCAGCAUGCUCAAACCAGCCCAGAGUACUCAGCUACAAGCUGCCAAGUGAACCAGCCACUUUUCCCAUUUACCGGAGACUGCCCCACUUGGGGGUUGCCUUUUGGGAUGGCAAACGCACCGUGUCCCACCCUGCUGGGAAAUGCGGCUCAGAUGCACCCCGGCAGGAAACAGGAAACGUCAAUGUUCGGGUGAAGCAGGAGCCGGCCCGAGCGCCCCUCGGGUGGGAGCGCCGCCGAGGCAGCAUGCCAAAGCCAAACCUGGUCGCCCUGCUUUCUGUCCUCUUGCUGGCCGGGGGAUCUGCCGACAACAGCUCUGAAAAUUAUGGUUCAGGAGAUGGAUCGCCGAUGUUAUCCACCGUUACAGUAACGACUUCUCCUGCUAUGCAUUCUUCAACUGGGGAUCACCACGAGUCAGAACUUUCCACUGCAAGUGCUACCGAAAGCAGCUUUGAAACAAAAAGUACUUCAAGUACUGAAUUGAAUCUCGUGGACAAUCAGGACAGCAUAGAAGCAACAGAACAGUCUAUUUUGAUAUACAUUGUUCCCAUCGUGCUGCUGGUCCUGCUGAUUUUGUUCAUCAUAUUUUUUGUAAUAAAUCACAAAAGGAAAAAGUCUAAGCAAGAUGAGCUGGGAAGUGAAAAUGUCAAAAGUCCUAUUUUUGAAGAAGACACACCCUCUGUUAUGGAAAUAGAAAUGGAAGAGCUUGAUAAAUGGAUGAACAGUAUGAACAAAAACGCUGACUGUGAAUGUUUGCCUACUGUCAGAGAAGAAGAAAAAGAAUCAAUUGCCAACCCAAGCGAUGGUGAAUCAUGAAGUCAGAACAGCAAAGAACUGAUUAAAGGGAAGUGGCGCACAAGCGAACGAUCCCCAACUCCCCCCAGAUAUUGGAUGAACUGGAUUUAAAUAUAAUUCAUCUCAAAAGGCCAGAGAAGCAAAAGCUUUUGUUUUGUCCUGCCACAUACCAUCUUCAGAAAGGAAACAUCACCAAGAGGAAGAAAAAGAAAGAAAAAAAGGAAAAGCACUACAGUAAGAGCAGGGGCUGAUCUAAAUUACUUCCGCAAUGAGAUUAAUCACAAAUGAAGAGAAGCCUCCACCCCCAAAAAAAAGUUCUUGAAAUAGUCCUUUCUGUCUAAUUCUUCAGCUGUGUAUCAUGCAGAACCACUUCUGUCCAAAGUUCAGUGGGUUUCUUUGUAUUUUUUUUUGUGCCCUUUUUUUUUCUUAGAUAUAAACAGCAUCCAUAAUUCUGGACUACCCUGGUUUGUUGGAUGUGAAGCUCAUGCUUAUGCAAUGUUUGCUUUUCAAUUUGCUUUUUGGUAACAGUGCACUGAUUUGCACAGGACUUCUGCUGGGGAGGUACCAGACUAGGACUGACAGACAGAGCAGCUGAAAAGCCUUUCAGAGGAUUCGAUGGAAGCAACUGCAGCCCAGCAAGGGCAUGGUCUUUGUAGCGUGCUGUUUGAUUUUCAAAUUAAAGGCACUGUAAAAGUGAAAAAAAAUAAUUUUACACUGCCUUUCAAUUCGUUAUCUCCACAGGUUAGUACCCUGGGUUAGCUCUUACUAUUUAAGCCUCCACCCUGCUGGGUGCUGUUCUCUAACAAAUACCUACUUCAGGAAUAUUCAACUUGAAAAUAUUUCUAUUUUAAAAAUAAGAAAGGUUGAAAAACUAACAAUUGAGUACUCACACCAAACACCUAUUUAGAUGAGUAUGUGUUACGCGAAACUGCUUGGUCAAGGUUUUCAGAUGCAAUAAGAUUUCUGCUUCUUCUGGUUUUGAAUAUUGAGCUUGGAAUAUCUGAAAGACAUUGACUUCUAAGUAUGCCUGGUCAACUUUAAUUACACUGAAAAAAAAAAUUUCAGACUCCUGAGAUACCUCAAGGUGAGAAUAUGAAUAUUGUAAUUGCAUCCAUUGAUUUUAGGUGGCAUGUCUCUUAUGGGUGUAGUUUAAAUAUGUAAUGCACACAUGAAAGUGGAUACUUGUCUGUGCAAAGCUUCCCUUGCCUUAUUUAAAAUUUUAUAUCCGACCCAUCCUCAUCUUCCUUUUAAAUGUAUAAUUUCUUCCCACUCAAUGCAUGUUUAAUAUGAUCAGUUUUGGUUUGCCUGCAAAUAUUUCACUAAUAUGUUAUCAGGCACUGCUUGGUUAAAGAGAGCAAACAAACACUCCAAGCCUCUGGGAUGACAGCUAAGUGUCACUAACAGCUGACAGAUACAGAGGGGGGUUCAGCUUUGUGAGUAAUUGAGGAUGUGCCAAAUUCUAAAAGGAAAAAUUGUUUACAGCUCUCCAUAUUCAUUUGUUACUGAAUAUGACUUGACUAGUAAUUUCCUCAAAGAGUAAAAGAUUCCUUCACUGUUCCAAAACAAUUUAUUGCAAAUAUUGGAUUUAAUCUUGAGUGAUGGUAAAUUAAUUCUCCCUGCUUGGAUGAUUUUUAACGUUAAAAAAAAUGUUUUAAGUUAAUCUUCCACAAGAAUUUUUAUUUUUUUUUUAAUUUUUAUAUUUCCACACGUUUCUGAUGGUAAACUCAUUCUCUAGAGUGUUGAUUUAAAAUAAUGCAGUCACUAGGGGGAAGAGUGAAAGACUGAAAUAUAGGAAAUUUUUUAAAAAUGGAAGUGAAUAUUUUCUGGUAGCAGCCUUUUUAGCAACUCUUUUACAACAAAGAUUUUAUGCUGAGACUUCCUACAGUUUGCAAAGCGGUAGCCUGAGGACGCUCAAAACAGAAAUGUUUUCUUUAACAGUCGAAGAUAAAAAUAUGUACUUUGAGACCAUUACCAGCUGUGUGGCUGGAGAGAAGCCCAUGGUGACCCAGCAGUUUGCAGCAUCAGUGUCCAAGCGGUGACUCCUGCCCUUCCAUGCUUCGGGCCACGCAGCUCCGCAUCCAGCAGCCACCACCUUCUCCUUGAAGCACAGCUCCUGAAGCACAGCUGGAACAAAGAAGAACUGGAAGCUUUGCCUUUUUUAAAGUUUUAUUUUAUUAUUUUUUUUUUUUACUUUUGAAAUUUACCCAGUGCCCUCCAAAAUGGCAAUAUAUAGCAAAAGUCAGUUCUGACACGCUGAUGAUCCUUCACCCUGUCCUAGCUAUGCAUAGCAGCUACAAUAGCAUAAUGCAGUAACUCAAUCUGCUAUGGCAUUUGAGAAGAGGCUGUGUCAUGCGUGUUUUGUUGUUUGUUUGGGAUUAAUGUUAAUACCAGUCGGUCCUUUUGUUAGAUAAAAUGCCGUACAGUUCCUAAUAAGUUUCUCACAGAGAUUUAGUUUCAUUAAAAAAAAAAUAUUUAAGUUUAGCUUAAGGGAAUGCAUAUUCCAUAAACUCAAAUUAAUAAGAAUUAAUUCUUAUUCCAGAGUUCAUGAUUAAUCAGUUUCUACGUCAAGCUUUAAAAUCAAUUUUGCCCAGAACUAAUGUCUAGGUGAGAGCUCUAUAAUUAUCCAGGUUAUGCCAUUUACCGUCUUCAAGAUUUGGCGUGUCAGGAAAUUUCUUUUCCUCUUCUGGAACUUUCUAAGCAUUGCAAAAUACAAAAAAAAUAAUUGAUUGGACACUUGGUCAAUUUUGGGUAUAAGUUAUCUUAUCUUUUUAAAAACAAAAAGUCUCACAGUUGCUGAGUUACCAUUGAAAAAGGUUGUAUUUCAUCAAAUGUUAUCCUCCCUGUGUGAAACAGCCCACCUGUCAAAUAAUUUGCAUUUCAAUAUAGUUAUGGAUAUUUCUAGUAGUUUCCCUUACUGCUAGACAAAUACAAUUUUUAAUAUUUCUAUUUUCCCCUAAACAUUUUUACAACAUUGUUAUUCUUCCCCUCCCAACAGAAAUGCCAGCCUUAAGCUAUGGAGGAGAUCACUCCAUCCGAUACCUCACCCUUGCUCCACGCUCCCCAUUUCACCCCUCUGGUCUCUUUCUUUGUCCAUUAUUUUAACAUUGAUUUCUGCAUUUGGCAGGGCCACCACCCAGCAUCCACUCACUCUGGCAACAAUCAAGUCUUUCCAUGGAGCCCCAGUCC